AAUGUGGCACCUUAGAUCAUACCGGCGAGUAACAGACGGACGGUUUUGGAGGCAGGACAAGAUGAUGUUUUUAGGGGAGCAGAGCUGUUUUUAUCACCAACAAACCUAAAGAACACCCUCUAAAUAUCUCCUGUUUGCUGUCGCGUGGAAUUGUUCGGCAAUAAUCAAGAAUGUUUGGGUUGCUCCGCAUGCCUCGCUUUGUCCGGCGGUUCAUCCGUCGGAGAACCAAUAGGAUGCCUGUUGAUAAGGCAAUAAAGAUGAAAGAGAGGUUUUCUUUAGCAUAUGCCUUCUUUGCAUGGAACAUGUUUGGUAUCCUGGCAUACAUGAUGUACAAAGGCAAACUGACAAAGGUUGAAGAUGGAAAUGAAGAAUCCCAAGGUCGCCAGUUUGUGAAGAUGCUUCACCUUAAAAAUGUAACUCUUCAUGAAAUCAAGGGCAUAAAUUAUGUACAGAAAUAUGACCUCAAUGAAGAAGCAGCUCAUGAGACUGGUGUUCCAGAGACUGGUGUCACUAAUGAAGACCAAGAACAGUUUCAAGAGGAAUCUGAGUUGAAAGACUCCCUGUGAUGUGUUUGUAAAGACAAUGAAGGAUGUGAAAAAUUUGAAAAUUUGACUUGUGAAUUUGUGGAGAUAUUGAUAUAAACUAUUCACUAAGCUGUACAAUUCUGGCAUUAGAAAGUUGUUAGAAUCCCUGAGCUGCAAAAUUCCUACUUUGUUAUUUGUACUUAAUACUUUCGAGUUUUGUAGAAAGGGACACACCUUGAACAUGAUGAGGUGCUAUCAAGCAGCAAGACUUGCAGGAAGGCAUCUGCACAGGCUGUGCACUCAUCAUUGGAAUUUCCCUACAAAGACAGGAAAAGUUCUAUUUUCUUGUAGCUCAGAACUUUCUGAAGAGGAAGUAUUUUCAGCCCUAUAUAUUCCUGGAAGUAGAGCAACAACUGCUGAUGGUGUUGUUACCCCAUAUCUGGACUUUUCUAAGCAGUUUGAAGAUGUUGCCUUGCUUGAGCACUCUGUCACUCAGCGUUGUAUGAAUAUAGAUGUAAAUGGAAUUGCAAGAAAGUGGUCAGAGUGGAAGGAAUUAGAAAAGCUUAGAUCAGAUCUUGAGGAGAAAAAGGCAACACUGACAAAAGCUGUGAAAACAUUGCAAAAGAAUAAAAAAGAUAAAGAACAAGUAAAUGUGCUAAAGGAACAUGGAAAGAAAAUAAGAAAUGAAGCAAAGGCUUUGACACAAAAAAUUUGGGACUUGGAAGAGGUAGCUGUUAUUGGUGCUCUUAGCCUUCCCAAUAAUCUCCAUGAAUCUACUGGCACCAAUGAUAAAUUAUUUUUCAGCCUAUCCAAGAAACCAGUCUUUAGUUUUCAUCCUAAAAGCCACAUAGAUUUGGGGUCAACAUCAGAGGAGCUGGAAAUUGUUGAUAAUUCACCCACAGCUUAUUAUCUCAAGAACAGACUUGCUUUACUUGAACUUGUUUGUAAUGAUUAUUUUUUGUCUACAAUGAAUAACCAAGGUUUCUCAAUGAUGUCAAACUCAGAUUUUGUUAAGGCUGCCAUUAUGGAAGGCUGUGGCAUCCAUUCCAGGGACAGACCUCAGCAUAACAGAUUAUCUACAGGUGCAGGGCAUGACACAACCCCUUUGCAUCUUGUAGGAGGAGGAUCAUUACAAGCUUUCUCUGCAUAUUUCACCAAGCAGAUUAUUGAAAAGAGUGACCAUCUACCUAUAAAGGUGAUCACAACUGGUCGUAAUUACAGUUCAUCUGGGCCAUCUAGCUUGACACACCCUGGCUUGUUAGGAUGUAGACAGUCGUCAGUAGUUGAUGGAUUUGUACUGUACGAGGAUGUAGGAGUGCAAGAAAAGACGUUAUUGCAGGACGCCAUGGUGAUGGUGACUGAAUGUUACCUUCACUUAGGGGUUCAUUUCCAGAUGGUCCAGUAUUCUGCAAAAAAACUGGAUGUGCAUGAAUCUGCAGCAGUAGGUUUCCUGAUGUUUUCUCCCCACACAGGCCAAUACCAUGAGGUAGCGAGGAUAUCUCUGUGUGGUGAUUACAUUAGUAGGAGGUUAUGGACACUUUGUAGAAAAGAUAAGUCUGCAAGUUUUGUAUCCAUGCUACACAUUCGAGCUUGUCAUACUGCUCACCUGUUGGCUCUCUUGAUGGAGAAUGGCCAGGAGGAGAACGGUACUUACAGGCUUCCUGGAUGCCUUCAGUCUGCUGUUGAUUCAUUUUAGGAUAUGAGAGUUGUAGUAAAAUAUUGUCAAUAAGGCCAUGUUAUAAGGCAUACAUAAAACUCCUAAGGCAUGAUGAUAACCAUAGUAACUUUGGACUGUACAGGUUGGGGAGAUGCCAUGAGACUGCUAAGUUUAAUUCAUGAAUUAUGGAGUAUCUUAAAAUUAAUAAACCAUUGCAUGACCAAGAUUUGUAAACUGAGGUUUCUCACAUGGAAAGCAAAGGUGUCAUGAUCCUGUAAGAUCACAGAGGACAACAAACAACUUUGAGCCACUGUCAGAUUAAUUUGUAACUGAAUGCUUUUUUUCAUAUUUGUUCUUCCAUCAUAUUUUCACAGCUAUUGGCUCAGUUUAUAUACUGUUUGCAGUUUGCUUGGUAUAUUCAUCAAUUCAAAUGCCACCCUCUCCUCCAAACACACACACACACACACGCACACACACACACACACACACACACACACACACACACACACACACACACACACACACACACACACACACAUGCAUGUUACCUGAAACUGACUGCAGUCAAAUCCAUGUCUUGAAGAGAGAACUCUCCUUAUUCUUUAACUUGAGAAAUACUAACUAUUUGUACAUAAAUGUACAUAAAUACAGAACUAUGAAAGUU